UUCAAAAGGAGUGGGUGGAAGAGGUGGCCAUUGAGAGUUACCUCUUUAUCAACCAUGACUCUAAUCAUAACUCAUAAUCAAAUAAUUCUGAUUAUAAGAAGUCAUUAAAAAGACACAAACUGUGUUGUGUCAGUGUGUAUAAAUAUAGACAUGUAAGAGAGAGAGAGAGAGAGAGAGAGAUAGAGAGAGAGAGAGCUGGGAAUAAAAGAGUAGGGUUUAGAAAGUUAAAGAGAGAUGAGUCUGGUCUGUGAAUAGCUAGGUGUUGUAACAUUUAUGUCUUCUGGAGGCUGAGAUGACCAUAGAUUCUUAUCCCCAGCACUGACCAAAAACUGCUACCCUUUGCAGAAGCAUCGACAACACUCGGUAGGCCAAAGGGGUUUUUUGGGAUCAGCAGCAACAGUAGCUCCACUAUCAGGUGACAGUUGCAGAUAAAAGAGCAACAAGCAACAACAAGAGUAAAAGGGAACAAAGCAACAGUGUACUAGUACAAGAAACCUGCAAGAAAUCGAAGAAAAAGUUGUUUUAAGAGCUAAAUCAGAAGGCUAGGAAUCUGGAUUUCCAGAGGAAUCAGCAGCACUUUCUGAGGCCUAUCCGCCAAGUUACAACCCCAAUACAACAACAACCUCAAGAACAAAACCUAGGCACCUACAACACCCACUACCAAAAUCUCCAACUUGUCCAAAACCAACAACUACAACAACCUUAUGGGGAUGCCAUAAAUUCCAACCAAACAGAACCACAAGUUUUGGACCAAACCACAGACUAUGCUAAACACAGACAAAAAAUGGGCAUGAAGAGCACCGGGGGAGAGAUAGUCCAAGUCCAAGGAGGCCACAUUGUCCGAUCCACCGGCCGUAAAGACCGGCACAGCAAGGUCUACACCGCAAAAGGUCCCCGUGACCGUCGUGUCCGGCUCUCAGCCCACACUGCCAUUCAAUUCUAUGAUGUUCAAGACCGGUUAGGCUAUGACCGGCCUAGCAAAGCCGUGGACUGGCUCAUCAAGAAGGCUAAGUCUGCCAUUGACAAGCUAGCUGAGCUACCACCAUGGCAUCCAACUGGUACUUCUACUGGGACUGCUGCAGAACCGGACCCAAAUGCGGGCUCAGCAGAAAUGACAAUAGCAGAACAAUCAGAGUCUUCUGGCUACAACUUUCAGCUCCAUAGGCAUUUGGGUGAGAACCCAGAUGACAAUUCAACCUUCAUUCCUACAUCUUUAGACUCUGAAACCAUCACAGACACCAUGAAAUCAUUGUUCCCAACAAGCUCAGCAAAUUCCUCUAUCAAUUUCCAGAGCUACCCACCUGAUUUAAUUUCAAGAAACUCCAACCACCCCCAAGAUCUUGGCCUAUCCCUACACUCUUUCCAGGACCAUUCAGCUCCAGCUGAUCAGAACCUUUUUGUGGGCUCGGCUCCUAUGGGAUUCGAUUCCAAUUACCAGAGAAUGGUAGCCUGGAAUAACGACACAAGCGCAGAGAACAGAGGCGGGUUCGUGUUCAACUCUCAAGCAUUGUCACAACAAGCAUUGCUAGGCCAAGGCUCAGCAUUUUCACAGAGGGGACCCCUUCAGUCCAGUUUUGCGCAUUCAGUUCGCGCAUGGGAUCAUGAUCUUUCCAUUGCCUCAACAGAUCACCAGAAAUCACAGCCAAUUCACCACUCUUCCAUCUUCGGAAGCCGCUUCACUACCGAUGGUUUAACGGGGUUUUGCAUUCCUGCAAGAAUUCAGGGUGAGGAGGAGCAGAGUGCCAAUAGGCCUUCCUCUGAUUCUCCCAAUUCCCACCAUUGAUUCAACAAAGAACUCAACUUUUUCCCCCCACCAUUCGGUACUGUACUGUACUGUACUUAACUUCCCGUCAUUCCAAAAUCCUUGCUUGUUUCUUCUUCUGCUUGUUCUUCUUAUGGUGUUAGUUCUGUUUGCUUUCACGGAAAAUGUAUCAACAAAAAUAUUUAAUUUUUUGCCUGAACUUUUUUAUUGUUUACUUUUUUGCUGUUCGUUUCCUAGACAGAAAUGUGCCAAUAAUGGGCGGCAUUGAAGAGAAAAUAGUACGGUUCUCAGAGGCAUUUAUGAGAAAGUAUUUUCCAUUGAGACUGGCAGAGUGAAUUCAAGUGUCUCUCAAAUUAUGCAUUUUGUUUUGGGGUUUUCCAGGAUUUUGAAGAUUCUACUGAUGGAUAGUCAAAUUCAAAAAAGGAAGAGAACCAAGAAGAGAUUCCAGUCAAUUCAAUGGUCUACUGUGGGAAGAAAUUUACCUGGUUGGAUUUAACACUUUGUUUUUUCUAUGAUUAAUUUCAUUUCCAGAGUCAUUUUAUAUUGGAUGCUCUAUUGUUUAUUAAGUGAGUUGUUUUGCUCAUGUUUGUUUAAUGGUUGCUUAAUUUGUUCAAGUAAUAUGACUCUUCGAGCUGGAUUCUGAUCUAA